GGUAUUAUAAUAGCCGGUCUUGGUGCUGAUUGGGCGCUCAGGUUGGUGAGUGAACGCCCUGCAGAUUAUGUCAGAUUGCGUGCAGAAACCAAACCAGCCCAGCCUUUGAACUUCACCGCUUUUGGCUCGUAUUCACGCUCUUCCGCUCAUUUCCAAACCAGGUGCUUGACGACAAACCUCAGAGAGAGAGAGGAGGAGUGUGUCGCAGAGAAAAAAAAAUAACACUUUUACGACUCCUGCAAACUGACUGCGGAACAUUGCUUUCACCUUUGUGGAUUUUUUUUACGUGUGUGCAUCUUACAUGUAUUUUUUUCCUGUAUUGCUGCCGCAGGUCUGAAAGAGAGUUGUAACCGGACUUGAACGACCGCGCGUCAGUGUUUUAACUCUGGGAAAAGCAAACCGGGCGCUGGAUUUUUAUUUUCUUCUCUUUUCUUUUGGCUGUUUCGCAGACUCACAACAUCCCAGACGUGGCAUGACUGGUAUCUGGCAUCUAGACAGGUGAAUAGUUUCCCUUCCUUCCGAUAAGAACUUUUCCUCGUCAUUAACAUUGGGGAUAAAAGUACACUUUUGUUAAAGAUGUCAAAGCCCGCUGAUCACAUCAAGAGACCCAUGAACGCGUUCAUGGUCUGGUCCCGGGGCCAGAGGAGGAAAAUGGCACAGGAGAACCCCAAAAUGCACAACUCUGAGAUCAGCAAAAGACUGGGCGCCGAGUGGAAGCUGCUUUCCGAGUCUGAGAAGAGACCUUACAUCGACGAGGCCAAGAGGCUGCGGGCUCAGCACAUGAAGGAGCACCCCGACUACAAGUACAGACCCAGGCGCAAACCCAAAAACCUGCUCAAGAAGGACAGGUACGUUUUCCCUUUGCCUUACCUCGGGGACACCGACCACUUGAAGGGACUCCCGGUGUCGGCCGCGGACUCUCUGUUGAGCCACUCGGAGAAAGCCAGAGCGUUUCUGCCGCCGACCACCGCUCCGUACUCCUUCCUCGACCCGAGCCAGUUCAGCUCCAGCGCCAUCCAGAAGAUGACAGAGAUGCCGCACACGUUGAGCACCAGCACUUUGCCGUACGCGUCCUCGUUGGGAUACCAGAACGGCGCGUUCGGCACCCUUGGGUGCCCCAGUCAGCACACCCACACCCACCCGUCGCCCACAAACCCGGGCUAUGUCGUCCCGUGUAACUGCACGGCCUGGUCAGCGUCAAGUUUACAGCCCCCGGUGGCCUACAUACUUUUUCCAGGUAUGACCAAGACUGGGAUAGACCCAUAUUCAUCCGCACAUGCCACUGCCAUGUAACCCUAAAGACUCUUUUCUUUUUCUUUUUUCCUUUUUUUUAAAUUCACUUGAAUACUGAAAUGCAUGUAAAUAUAUUAUGGACAGCGCGCCCCAUUAAAAGGCAUGAACAGUAUUAACUGCCUUGGACUUGUUAUGGCAAAAAAAAUGAUUAAAAAAAAAAAAGACAAACUUUUCCAGAAAUCCAACAAGUUCCUGAGCGGAGCAGAGGAGCUGGUGUAAAGGACGGUGCCCUGUGAACUGUAAGAAAUGUAAAUGUUAUAAUGGCAGCCAGAAAAGGAGGCCUUUAACUUUAUUUAUUGUGUACAUUUCAAUGCUGAUAUGCUGAUUUGUGUUGAUUAUUGAUAGGCUAACUCCUUUGAUUUUGACAAAUUUGGCUUGCACAAUUAGCAUUCUUAUUUCCUGUAUAGGCCUAAAGUAGUCUACAUUUUGGCACUCGUGAUUUUAUGAUGUUUGGAUAGGGUCAAAAUCAGGACCUAUAGGCUGGAUUAUAUACGGGUCAUAUUGUUUAUAUUUAUCAAAAACUGGCACAUAAAACCAGACGGUCUAUUUAAAGAUGACAAAAGAAAAGUCAUUGACAUCCAAAUGUUUUUUUAGUUUGCAUUUUUUUCCUGUGGUUCAGUGCUAAUAUCGCGUCAUUUUUUAAUUUUUAUUAUUAUUAUUUUGUUAUUUCUAAGGAUAACUUCUAUUUGAAUUCAAGGAGUUAUAUGUGUAUUAUCAUCUAAGAUGGUAUUUUAAAAACCUGUCAUGUUAUGGAAAGGAUAAUGUAUCUAGAAGGUUGAUACCUCCUGCUCUUUGUUCAACUGCUGAGCAAAGGCAUUUCGAAUAAAGACAAUCUGUCUUCAACG